CUCGGCGCGCAUGCAGAUGCCCAAGAUUAAGAGCUUUGCGCCGGGCUGGCUCAACGAGCCUUCUUCUCCCGGCCACAAGCUCUUCGAGCAGUGCACGGAUGAUGCGACGACUGCUGCGGCCCUUCCAUAUGGCAGGAGAGCAAAGCCCGGGACCGCGGCGGACCAUAGCACGGCGCGGCACCGAGAUCUUCGUGGCGGUCGGGAAAACAUUACGAUGGGGCGACCUCGCCUACCUCAAGGAGUCGUGGGAGACAAAGCACGCCCGGUCCAUCCUUGGAACUCGCAUCAAAAAGGAGGGUUCCGAUGACCCGUCCGACUACGACAGCGCGAUUGCCGGACAUGCAACAGACGGAUAUCGAACCAUCAAGACGCCCGUUGCCGAUGAUAUUCGCCAGCUGGUCAUGUCCCCGAAUCAGGACCUCCUGGCAGUCCUGACGUCUCAUACGGUCCACAUCUGCAUACUGCCCGACUCCUCCCACCUCUACGCCCGGGACGCCGCGCCGUUCAAGCCCAAGUUCUGGACUCUGGGACCGACGACACACGUCACCUCGCGUUCGGCAGUCGUCUCGGCCUUGUGGCAUCCACUCGGAGUCAAUGGAACGGCACUUGUCACGGUCACAGAGGACGCGGUGGUGCGCGUCUGGGAGCUGUCUACGGCGGACCGCUGGACUUUCGAUUCGGCCACGCUCGCAAUCGAUCUCAAGAGGCUGGCUGAUGGGACGUCGUUGGACCAGGACUUUAGCGCCUCCGUCUCGGCCACGAAUAAAGGCUUCUCACCCGAUGCGUUCGACAUGGAAGUCGCGGCCGCAUGCUUCCCUGCUAGGGGUUCCGGAGGCUGGUCGCCGAUGACCCUGUGGAUAGCCAUGACCGGGGGUGACGUGUAUGCCCUGUGCCCGCUUCUGCCCCAGCGCUGGGCCCCCCCUCCCACGCUGAUCCCGUCCUUGUCUGUCUCCAUUGUGGCUAAAGUGGCAGCCACCGAAGACGACCCCGAUGCUUCCCCCGAGGCCCGGCUCUUGGCUCAACAACAGCUUGAUUGGAUGUCCGACCUGGACAACCAGGAGCCCAAGAUUGUGGAAGGUGCUCGCGGCGAGGUCGAGGUCGAGGUUUAUGCGCGGCCCACCCGCCCAGGCGUGAUCCCGAGACUCCAGGGCCCGUUUGAGUUCGACCUGAAUCCGGAGGACGAGCAGGACGAUGAGGUGGAGCUGAAGGACAUCUACGUUAUUGGGGAAAAGGCACGGCUGACAGAUCUGAUGAGCGGCGAAGAGGAGGAGUUGGAGGUGGAAAAUGAUGAAGGGACCGGCUUGUCCUUGACAGUUGUCUGCCUCCUUUCCACCAGCGGGCAAGUCAAGAUCUGUCUGGAUGUGGAAGGAGUCGAGGCGCAAUGGCUCCCCCCAAAGUCCAAGCAGAGGUCGAGGCCAUUCGGCGCUUUCACCAGCACUCCCACCUUACUAACCUUCCAGACCUUUGACACCCUCAAGCCUGUCGAGGUCACGCCUGAUGGUUGGCCCAUGUUUAGUGAGGACGCUACCUCUCGGUACGCAUUCUACAUCACACACCCGGCCGGGAUUACCUACGUUUCCCUGGCACCGUGGGUGUUCAGGCUCGAGAACGAACUGGAGGGGGAUUCCGAGGCAGGGGCGGAGUUCCGCAUUGACCUGCUGGUCAAGGGGCAAGGAUCAGAGCGGGAGCGCAUCUACACGCAGGCUCGCGGCCAGACCUCCCUGGCAGCAGCUACCGCGAUCCGCGAUCCCGAUCUUGGGCAUUUCGUCCUCUCUGCCACCCAUAGCGACCCAGUCGCCCUCUUCUUCGAUACGCCGGAGCAGGACAUUGUGCCGAGAGAGUCUCCGUCCGCGGUCCUCGACAACGUGGACUUUCCUCAGCCAGAAGUCGCUUGGGAACCGCGUCCUCUCUUCCGCACGCCGGAAGCAUUGGAGCACAAGAGCGCACUGCCGGCGUGGAUAGAUCACCUAAAGACGGGCAGGCGACGCCCGCUGAUGCACCAAGAGCUGCGCCUCUCGAUGGCAACGCUCGAGGUGUUUACCGAAGGUCACAAGGUUCUCGCCAGCGAAGUGGACAGCAUCAACGAUGCCGUCGCGCAGUUGUUCAGGAAGUGCCAGACGCUCCAGGAGGAACUGAGGAAGCAGAUCGCCAAGGCAAACGAGGCCAAGCAGAAGGUGGAUGUGAUCACGGGCGAGGACUCUGCAGACGACGAGUCCUCAGCGGUCUCGCAAGACGAACUCGCGCGGGACCGGCUUCGGCAAGUUCGAGAGCGGCAGGAGGAACUGGCGAGCAGGAUGGACAAGCUGAAGCGGCAGCUCGGCAGGCUGACGAGCCGCGAGCUCAGCGACAAGGAGAAGGCAUGGGGGGAGGAAGUCCGGGCGCUCGAGAGCAGCGUCUUUGGCCCCGAGGCAGAUCAGGCGGCGGCGGGGGCGGCGACUCCCAAGACCAAACAGCCCUGGAAACGGUUCGAAGAAGUCAAAUCCCUGCGGGACGCCUUGUUUGCGCAGGCUGAAGAGCUGCACCGUUCUCGGGAGGGAACGGGCAACGACGGUCCCGCGUCGCCGGCGCCUGGUUUGCGGAUCCCGGCCGAGGUGCGCAGGCAAAAGAUGGCGCAGGUCAUGGGUCUACUGGAUCGGGAGUCUGCACUGGUGGAGGCAGUCAAGGCCCGUAUUGAGAGAUUAAGUGUUGGAUAGUAGGCGCGCGCGCGAGCCAGUCAGGGGUGGCGGACGCGGGCAAGGGAACCACUACGGAUGAUCACACAGGUCGGAACCUUGAGAGGGACAAGCUAGGUCAGCU